AAAAAUUGAGAACAAUUUGUGAUGAGUGAGAACUUGUUUUAAGCAAAUUGAACCCGAAGGCCGCAAUAGAGAAGGGAUCUCUUCAAUCUGCACAUUGUGCGUCUGACUGGUGAGAAUUAAGUCGAAUUCAUGGCGGAAGAAGAGUUGAAGAAAUCGAGGUCGUCCCUGGACGCUAAAUGGGACGCCUGCCUUGACCUUACCGUCCGCCGCGUCGCCUACUCGUCUCUCGCCGGAACCAUGACUGGACUCCUAUUUUUUCGGAGUCCAAUAACUCGAUGGGCAUCUGUAGCUUUUGGUGCCGGAGUAGGCCUUGGAACUGCAUAUACUGAAUGCUCUUACAUAUUUGAGGGUUCUGUUCCAAAGUGGACUUCUCCAAAGAUUUCAAGUGUUGCUUAUGGUUCAUCUCAAGAACAGCAGAAAUGAAGCUUGCCAAAGACUGAUGUCAUCAGUAUCUUCUUUUCAUCUAUAUUUUCUGCUUGAUCAGUCAGCUGCUGCUUCAUUUUCUCUUGUAUCUGAACCAGCUUUCUAUUGCUAUCAAAUUACUGGAGAACAGUGAAUAUUAUGUAUUUCUAUCUUCAAAUUGCAUUAAGUGAAUAAUACGGGUCUCUUUUAAAAGUUCAUGAAAUGAAUGUUUUCUAUU